CACUCUAAUAUACAUUUAAAAUAAACACAAAGUUUAAUAUUUGCAUUAACUUAUAAUUAAGCUCACUUUAAAAACUCUUUUUAAUCCAUUGACUUGUCGUGUAUCCGUGUACACGUUAGAUGCAUUAUGUAGAUCGUUUACUUUUGAGUAGAAAAAGUUCUAUAAUUGUAUAUGACAACCUAUUUUAUCAACAUAUUAAGUCAACGAAGAGGUGCGGAAGUAGAACUUUGUCUUGGAUUUUGUAUCCUCGAGUGCCCAAUUUCGACGCAUGCAAGCAGUUUGUUGAAGUUUUGUUGCUCAAUAUAGGGAUUUAUCGUGUUUAACCACGCAAAGCCCAUAGUUCCAUACACAUCUGCAAUAACAUACGCUACUAGCCUUUGUUCCUGGUAAUUAGACAUCACAUCCAAAAAGCGAAUUACUCGACUGCAAUAGGCAUCAGACCAACAUAACUACAAAAAUUCGAUUCACUUAACAUACAGACUGAAACAGUACAGUCGAUUGGUGUAUAGCGGAUCUUUAUCAGGAAUCAUGGUGAAUACCCCCAUACCACAUAGCUUGAAAUCAGAAGCAAAAAAGGCUGCUAAGAUUUUGAAGGAGUUUACUGUCCCCACAGCAAAAAUGGGUCCUGAUAAAUUGAUACCAGGUGGAAUCUUUCUAAAAGCAAAAGGGCUUGCUAUAUUGACUGUUGUGAAGGCAGGAUUCCUUGUAACUGCACGAGGUGGAAGCGGUAUUGUCAUAGCUAAACUGGAUGAUGGCAUUGACUCAGCCUGGUCAGCGCCCUCUGCUAUCGGUAUAGCUGGUCUAGGUGGCGGGUUUGAAAUUGGGGCUGAGGUCACAGACUUCGUGAUCAUUUUGAACAAGCGCUCAGCAGUUGAUGCAUUUUCCAAGGGAGGUAACCUGACCCUCGGUGGAAAUUUCACCAUUGCUGCUGGACCGGUGGGUCGUAAUUUAGAAGCGGAUGUUGCGCUGAGAAGCACUGCAGCUAUUUAUACUUACUCAAAAACUCGAGGACUAUUUGCAGGAAUUUCUGUUGAAGGAAGUGGACUUAUCGAACGGAAGGAUGCCAACAGGAAAUUUUAUGGGCGAGACAUACGGGCAUUCGAGAUCCUACGAGGGGAUGUUGACCCACCGGAAGAGUGUCAACCCCUGUAUGAGGCACUUGAGAGUCAUCGCAAAAAUGCAGAAAAAGAGAUUGUGAGAAUGGCUAAGAAGAAAGCUAUGGAAGUUGCAUCUGGGGAAGUCCCUGAUUUGAAGAGCAAAUUCAGUAAUUUUACUAAGUCAUUCAAGUCUCAAAAAAAGUCGAGGGAACACACAGAUGGUGCUACUGGUGGGUCGAAACAACAGUAUGAUUCAGAUGAUUCUAUCGAGUCACCCACCUUGUCCAGAUCUGCGACUGUGCAAUCGAGGACAACAACAACCAUGACAACAAAGAGAGUGACAAAGAGCUCUUCACCCGGUGGUGUAAAAAGUAGCAGUGGGUUGUCAAGUUGGUCAAGUCAGAGUGUUCACCGCAAGUCAUCCGGUCCCACUGUGUCAUCACGAGGGAUGCAACGGCCCAGGUCUAUGUCAGGUAACAGCGUAGGCUCUAUGGAUUCUUGGGAGUUGACCGCUACAGCCCUGUUUCCGUUUGAAGGUCAAAUAGCGUGUGAUUUGUCCUUUAAAGCAGGAGAGAAAAUAACGGUUUUGACAAGGACAGAUACUCAAGAUGACUGGUGGGAAGGCAGCUGCCAUGGCAAGAUUGGAAUAUUUCCAGCUAACUAUGUGAAGUGUAACACUUGAUGAGAAGUAUGGGGCACUUUAAAAUUUAAUCGAGCUUCAGCGGGCCUGGGUUCGAGUUACUUGACAGUAAUUGAGCAGACUGUGAUGUGUUUUUUUUCUGCAAAAAAGGACAUUCAGUGGUAACCCAAAAGAGAUGUUCUUUGGUUACCUAUAGAAGUUGAACAGGUUAUAAAGUGGCAGUGCUAUUCGUUUGUGAAGUGUAGCAUCUUUCUCUUCAUAUAAGGAUAUUUUCAGCUCACCUUUCAGAAGUGUUGCAUCUUUAAUUCUUUAAAUGUGCACUUCAUAGAGGGCUAUUCCCAGCUUACUGUGUGUAGUACAGCAUAUUUUGACUUUAUCUUCAUGUAUUCAAAUCACCAUUUGUAUCAUCGUAAUCUUUAUUUUUUCUUUAUAUAGGAAUGUUCAAAACUAACUGAGAGAGGUGUAAAACUAUCAACUUAAUAUUUGUACUUCAUAUAGAGAUAUUCUCUUCCAAGUAAACGAAGAUUAGCUUCUAAUUAUUUGGUCAAAGUAUAUCUAGAUUAAAAGCUUACAUAAGGGACCAUAGGAUGUUUAGCAUCUUUAAAUUUAAACUGUAUAGUGUUACAUAUUUGCUGCUGAUUGUGUGAAUGGGUGCUGAUGAUUAUUUUGACAAGAGCUUACUGUAGAGUGUAAUAUCUGAAAGUCUCUUUUGUCUGAUAAAGAUAUUACCCAUAAACUUUGUGGAAUAUCUAAUUUGAAUACAAUUUUGGCAAAGUAAGGUUGUGCCAGCUAAGUGUUUUAAGUAUACAAUGUAAUGUUGUUGUUUUUUUGGCAAUGUAUCUAAUGCUUAUUAUGGCUGGAUUGGUCUCGGCUCUGGUACUACUUAAAUGAACAUGGGAUGCUCUUAAGUAUACUUAAAUGUACCCUGGGUACCCUGGGAAAAUAAACUAAAACAAACCCGGGAAUUCUAACGCUUAAUUGGUCAUUAUCGUUUUUUUUUUCAAAUGAAUUAUGCUCAUGUUUAUGUCAAUAUUUUGUCAAAUGUCCUCUAUAUUAUCAAAAUGCAUACUCAAAAACGCAGGUUGAGGCAGGUUUUGUUCAAAGAGAAUUUCAUGUACUAUUCUGUAGUGCGUUGUAGGACCUCAGAUUUUGAGCAGGAAUAAAACUUGGGUACAGUCUAUAUUGGCCCGGUACCUUUUAGUAUAUUUUCUGUACUUGUGUACAUUUAAGUAUACUAAAGAGUACCCAGGGUACAUUUAAGUAGUACCAGAGCCGACAAUAACCAAUCUAUAUAUAUUAUGAACAAUUGUCUCAUAUUAAUUGUGAUUGAAAAUCUGUGCCAACUACGAGUAGUUUUAUCUGUGUAGCCAGCAUGAUAAAUAUAAAAAACAUGGCUUAUUUGAGACUUCAUAUGUUCCGUAACUUCUUAAAGUUUAAAAUUAGUUUUCACAAUUUUCAGAGGAAAUGCAAAUGUUUGUUUGUUGGAAUUUUAUAUGUAGUGUUUAAAAGAUAAAGAUUUAAGUUUCAAGUUUAUUGGAAAACUGCAAAAUCUUCAUCUUUAAGAAGAUAUCAUCAUUCAUUUCUUGCUGACGUUUUUAAUUCAAGUUUAAUUUAUUGUGAUCAGAUGCUUGAAAAGAGAGACAGGACAUAUGUUGAGGUGUGGGAAGUGUAAAACAGGAUGAUAUAUAUGCAAUAAUUGGGCUAUUUUCUCAUAAAGCUUGUUGUUCAAUUAAUACUUCCCUUUUAACCAUUAACUAUUAACUAUUAACCAUCGAAUGUGAUGGGUAUAUACAUAGUGCUAACAGCAUAUAAUGAUAUACUUUAAGAAAAUUACUUUGAUGAUGAGGCAUUUUUACUUGAAUGCUCUUUAAACAUAUGUGAAGCUUCUUAUUUUUUAUAUUUCAAUUUAGCGGAAGUGAUAAGAUUAUGAUCAAUUAUAUCUAUACAGUUUUUAUGUCCCCCACUAUAGUAGUGGGGGACAUAUUGUUUUUGCCCUGUCUGUUGGUUGGUCUGUUGGUCUGUUGGUUGGUUGGUUGGUUUGCGCCAACUUUAACAUUUGCAAUUACUUUUGCAAUAUUGAAGAUAGGAACUUGAUAUUUGGCAUGCAUAUGUAUCUCAUGGAGCUGCACAUUUUGGGUGGUGAAAGGUCAAGGUCAAGGUCAUCCUUCAGGGUCAAAGGUCAAAUAUAUGGGUCAAAAUCGCUCAUUUAAUGUACACUUUUGCAGUAUUUCAAUAUUCAAGAUAGCAACUUGAUAUUUGGCAUGCAUGUGUAUCUCAUGGAGCUGCACAAUUUGAGUGGUGAAAGGUCAAGGUCAUCCUUCAAGGUCAGAUGUCAAAUAUAUGUGGCCAAAAUCGCUCAUUUUAUGAGUACUUUUGCAAUAUUGAAGAUAGCAACUUGAUAUUUGGAAUGCAUGUGUAUCUCAGGGAGCUGCUUAUUUUAAGUGGUGAAAGGUCAAGGUCAAGGUCAUCCUUCAAGGUCAGAGGUCAAAUAUAUGUGGCCCAAAUCGCUAAUUUUAUGAAUACUUUUGCAAUAUUGAAGAUAGCAACUUGAUAUUUGGCAUGCAUGUGUAUCUCAUGGAGCUGCACAUUUUGAGUGGUGAAAGGUCAAGGUCAAGGUCAUCCUUCAAGGUCAAAUAUAUGGGUCAAAAUUGCUCAUAUAAUGUCACUUCUGCAAUAUUGAAGCUAGCAAUUUUAUAUUUGAAAUGCAUGUGUAUCUCAUGGAGCUGCACAUUUUGAGUGGUGAAGGGUCAAGGUCAAGGUCAUCCUACAAGGUCAAACGUCAUAUAGGGGUACAAUGUGUUUCACAAACAUAUCUUGUUAUAAACAUUUAAUACAUUCCAUUUGGGUAGUAACAAAACGUUUCUAUAACUUAUUCAUUAGGUUUUGUGUUUUUCGUAACGAUGACUGCAUAUUUUUGUACUUAAUUGUAUAAUGGUGGUGCCCUUUACUCUUGUUUUGUUAGAUUUUUUUCUGAAUAAAUGUUUUCUUGUUUUGAAUUGCUCAAAGAUCUAUAAAUAAACAAAGGUUAUAACUAAACAUUACCUGGUAUUUAUAGAUCUUUUUUUAUGCCAUGUUUUGCAUAAAGUGUUCUUGAAUUGGUGCUUGAUUCACCUUUUAUUUCAACAUGCAGCUUGCAAUUGAUUAUGUGCAAUUUGGCUUCGGUGCUUCCUUAUUUGUUUCUACUCCACUCUUUUUUUUAUAUGAAUAUGAUUUAUUGUGUAAGAUGUGAGGUUUAUGAGUCCAUGACAAAACACUUUUUUUGUCAUUUAUUAGUGUGAUACACAUACAAUAUGCCUAUUUAUGAUGAUGUUACAUAUUCACUUGUAAUUUUAGGAAUGUCAAGCAAGGUGUUCAUGUAUAGUUCUUUCCUGGGGUCAAUCACGAUUGUUAUCUGCUACAAUACAAAUAAUUUCUGUACCAUUAAUUGUUCUUCCUAAAAGAACCUGCUGUACAAGUUCAUGAGAAAAGUUCUUUUCUGAAUUGUUUCUAUGGUAACACAUAAUAAACAUAUAUUUUUUUAUUAGCUCACCUUAGCAUGCUCAUGAUGAGUUCUUGUGAUUGCGUCUUGUCUGUCGUCCAUCGUGCGUCGUCAACAUUUGUCUUGUUAAUACUCUAGAGGCCACAUUUAUUGUCAGAUCUUCAUAAAAUUAGACCAGAAGAUUUCUCCCAAUGAUAUCUGGGACUAGUUUAAAAAUGGUUCUGAUUGAUAAAAAAACAUAGCAGCCAUGGGGCGGGGCAUUCUUCCUUAAAAGGCUAGUAAAACCGUGUUAACACUCUAAAAGUCACAUUUAUGGUCCAACUUGGUCAGAACAUUUGUUCUAAUUAUAUCUUGGAUGAAUAAGAAAACGGUUCAUGUCUGUUUAAAAAAACAUGGCCUCCAGGGGGGGGGGGGGGGGGGGGGGGGGCGCGGGCAAUCUUUCCUUAGAUGGCUGUAUUAAAAUGUUGUUGACACUCUAAACGUCACAUGUAUAGUCAAAUUUUCAUGAAACAGGGUCUGAACAUUUUUUGUAAUGAAAUGUUUGACGCGUUAAAAAAUGGUUCUGGUCUCUUGGAAAACAUGGCUGCCAGGUGGCGGGGCAUUUAUUCUUUUAUGGCUAUAGUAAACCUGGUUAACUCUCUCAAAAUCUAAUUUAUUUACUAUCCUCCACCAUAGGCGGAGGGAUAUUGUUUUGGCGUUGUUUGUCCGUCCGUCUUUCUGUCCUUCCAUCCGGCACUUUUGUGUCCGGAGCCAUAUCUUGGAAGUGCUUGAGGGAUUUCUUUGAAACUUGGUAUGAGUAUAUAUAUGGAUAAGAGAAUGAUACAUGCCAAAUGGCAUUGUACACCAUCGGAUAAUAAUGGAGUUAUGGUCCUUUGUAUAUUGAAAAAUUUCUUUUUUUGUGUGUCUGGAGCCAUAUCUUGGAAGUGCUUUGACAGAUUUCAUUGACGCUUGGUAUGAUUAUAUAUAUGGAUAAGAGGAUAAUGCACGUUGGCGUUGUCCAUCCGUCCAGAACUUUUUUUGUGUCCAGAAGUAUAAUGGCGGGGAUAUCAAUUCAACGAAUUUGCUUGUCUUUGAAAAAGAAGAGGUAUAUUGUUUUACUGGAUGUCAGUCGGUCUGUCUGUCGGUUGACAAGUUCGUUUCCUAUCAAUAACUCGUCAACGAAUUGACAGAUUUGCUUUAUACUUCACAUGUGCAUUGGCCAUGGACUGUAGAUGACCCCUUUUGCAAUUUGCGUCACUAGGUCAAAGGUCAAGAUCAUUGUCACAAUAAGUGUGAAAAUCGUUUCAGAUCAAUAACUCAUCAACGAAUUGACCGAUUGGCUUGAUACUCCACAUGCGCAUUAGCCUUGGACAGUAGAUGAUCCCCUAUUGAAAUGGGUGUCACUUGGUCAAAGGUCAAGGUCAUUGUCCCAAUAAGUGUUAAAAUCGUUUCCGAUCAAUAACUCAUCAACAAAUUGACUGAUUGGCUUGAUACUUCCCAUGUUCAAUGGCCUUGGACAGUAGAUGAGCCCUUUGAAAUUGGGAUCACUUGGUCAAAGGUCGAGGUCACUGUCUCAAUAAGUGUGAAAAUCGUUUAAUUCUUUCCAUGUGAAUUGGACUUUGACAGUAGAUGAUCCCUAUUGAAAUUGGGGUCACUCGGUCAAAGGUCACGGUCACUGUCACAAUAAGUGGGAAAAACGUUUCUGAUCAAUAACUUGUCAACAAAUUGACCGAUUGGCUUGAUACUACAAUGUGCAUUUGCCUUGAACAAUAGAUGACCCCUAUUGAAAUUGGGUCACUAGUUCAAAGGUUAAGGUCACUGUUACAAUAAGUGUUUUUUUUAUAUCAACAACUUGUCAACCAAUUGACGGAUUGGCUUGAUACUUCACAUGUGCAUUGGCCUUGGACAGUAGAUGACCCCUAUUGAAAUUAGGGUCACUAGUUUUAAGCCCUGUAUCCGAGGCAUAUGUCUCCGACCCCAGAACUUUUGUUAAAAUUUGUCAAAGCAUUUGUUCUAAUGAUAGCUCCGCUCAGUUAAAAAAUGGGUAUGGUUCGUUGAAAAAAUAUGGCCACCAGGGGGUGGGGCAUUUUUCCUGAUAUGGCUAUAGUAAAACCUUGUUAGCACUCUAGAAGUCAAUCUUCAUGAAACUUGUUCAGAACAUUAGUUCUAAUGAUUUCUUGGCUGAGUUCGAAAUGGUUCCAGUACGUCGAAAAACAUUGCCGCCAGGGUCGUGCCCUUUUUUCUUAUAUGGCUAUAUUAAAACCUUCUUAACUCUCUAGAAGUCACAUUUAUUUCCAAUCCUUGGUUGGAAAAUUUAUUCUUAUGAUAGCUCGGCCUAAUUUAAAAAUGGUUAUAAUUUGUCAAAAGAAUAUGGCUGACAGGGUGCAAGGCAUUUUUCCUUUUAUGGUUGUAGAAAAACCUUGUGAACACUGUGACUAGAAGUCACAUUUUAAGUCCAAUGUUCAUGAAACUAGGGUCAGAAAUUUUGUUCUUAUAAUAUCUGGGCUAAUUUCGAAAAUAAUGCCCGUCUGUUGUAAAACAUGGCCGCCAAAGGGCUGGGCAUCUUUCCUUUUAUGACUAUAGUCUGGUCCACUGCCUCUUUUACUGCGGAUAUGUAGUGAAAGGGGAAGGAACCCAGACUAUUAUGACUAUUGUUAAACUUUGUUAACUUUAGUUGAUAUUUUUGCCCAGUUUGAAAAUGGUUUCAGAAACAUCUCAAAAGUUGCAGAGAGCAGUUCAGUUCCCUAAAGUCUCAGGUGAGCAACAGUGGGUCUCUUGUAUUUCAUAUUAUUUUCUAUGGAAUUAAUUAUUGUAAAACUUUUUCUCUUUUUUUCCCAAUUACUUGCAUGUAUUAUGUAACUGUUUAUUUUCAAUUUGUGCCAUGUUGGUCUUGUUUUGUUUGCCAUUUCCCUAACCAAGUCUAAUUAUAUAAAGUAUGGUAACUGUGUAUUUAAGGGUUACACAUGUGGCGGUUUACUUUAUAAUUUUACGGAUUUUAAGAUAACAAAAUAGAGACAUUUAUUAUAGAGAGAAAACUUACCUUUUUCAUGUGAUCUGAAUACUAAGUAAUUUCUGACAAAUAUAUAUAUAAUUAAUUCCAUUGCAUUGAAUAUUAGUACAUGUACAUGUUUAUUUUUGUGUAAAAUUUGUAUAAUGUAUACACACUUAAUCUGUUAUACUUUUAAUAAAUCAUAAAAAAACAUCA